GAACUUGCGGCUGUGUUCUUGCUGGAGCAGUAUGUGGUAUUGUUCUCUUUAUGAUUGGCAGAUGGGUGGGAGAACAAGAUCAAGUUUUUCAGGGGCUUCUCAAUCUCAAAGAGGCCGUUUCUGCAUCAGCCUCUCACCUCAUGCCGUCUGUUGCCAUCAGUGACGCGUUACCCCAAGCAGCAACCACAGUCACCUCAACAAGUACAGAGCUUCCGACACUUCGGGCCACAACCCCGGCAAGUACAGUGUCUGCAGUUGCAACCCCUUGGGUUGACUCUGGCAGUUAUAGAUAUCCAUACGAUCCAGGCAGUGAUGCCUUUAAUGCAAAGCCACUAGAAUGCCUUCGGCUGACCACGCCGGGGCUCCAGCGAUUCGAGUACCCGGACGAUGCUGAGGCGCACUUUGAAGAGCUGAAUCGCACAAUGAGUGCUUUUACUAAGGGUGUCAGGCCACUUUGUGGCAAAAUCACGGCAGGCUACUGUGGACCCUGGAUCGAAAAUCACUGGAUCUGGACAUUCAGUGCCAAGUGGAAGAAUCGUCCAAAUGGUACAAGGCUGAGAGACAUUUUCGGUCCCUAUAUUCCGAUCUUGUUCCCUUUUCUGGACAUCUGGAUCCCACACUUUUACCGGUAUCCGCCUGGAAUUAUAGAAACCUUAAAUCAAACAAUGCGCCGCAACGUGUUGUAUAUAGCCUUGUCACAGAGCGACGACAGCCUCUUUGGGCACAACUUGAAGCACUGGGGAAAGUUCACUUUGCAGGAUUUCCCCAACCUCUUAUUGAUGAGUGCUGGAGGCUAUGGCCACGUGCCACUGCCUUUGUUUAAGCAGACAGAAGACCCAGUGCAUGCACCACCCAUCAUGGAUCGGCCCUAUGCAGUGUCGUUCAUGGGCUCACUGAAUCAUGGGCCUGCUGGCACACGAACGACCAUGAAGUCAAAUGCAGAGAGCUGGGGGAGGUUGAGAAACAAGUCGGUUCUCAUAGGCAAGGGAGAAAACUGGAGAGAGGUUAUGGCGAACACGAGCCUGAACCUGUCACCGCGCGGUUUCGGCCGCAAUUCUUACCGGACUUUGGAGCUGUUUCAGAAGGGUCUGAUACCCAUAUACAUUCAUGCUAAGGGUCCCUGGCUGUUCUACCGCGAUCUUUGGGUGGAGGAGAAGAUUGGUUUCUAUACGACACCGGACUCUCUGGGGUGGCUGCUGGAUCGAGCUUUUUCCAAUGUCACGAAGCUCCUGGACAUUGAGAAGCGUAUCCGGGCCAUGAGACAAACGCAUUUUAUGCCAACAGGCAUACUUGACCAGAUCUCAAAGUUCAUGACGGAGAGGGAUGGAGGUGGUGAUCUCAGGUGUCAGGCCUUGCCAGAUUCUGUUCUCUGA